AGUUUGAACCACAGUCCCGCCGCGGACCGAGGUGUCGGGUUUCUUUUAGCAACAGUUAGCAUAAAGUUAAGCUAACACAUCGGAGUGUAGACGGAUAUUAUCUCUGGAGUUACGGCCUGUGUAGUUUUAUAUUCCUGAACGACUUUAUCAGAGUUAAAGUGAGGCGGGGGUCAUGGCGGAGGGAGCGGACUGCGGCUCACUGAACCCCGCGAAGAGGAAGCAUCCAGCGGGGAGGAAGAGCCGACAGAUCCCGAAGAAGGGCUCCAGCAGCCGGGUCAGUCUGGAGAAAGUUCUGGGCAUCAGCACAGUCAGCAGCAGCGGUUUGACCUCUGACCCCAACUCUGGGCUGAUCGCCUACCCUGCUGGGUGUGUCAUCGUGCUGCUUCACCCGAAGAAGAACAAACAAACUCACAUCAUCAACACGUCCAGGAAGCCCUUCAGCGCUCUCGCCUUCUCUCAUGAUGGGAAACAUCUGGUCACCGGAGAGAGCGGUCACAUGCCGUGUGUGCGUGUGUGGGAGGUGGACGGAGGUCAGGUGGCCGAGGUUCAGACUCAUAAAUACGGAGUUUCUUGCGUGGCGUUCUCCACCAACAGCUGCUACAUCGUCUCCGUGGGAUACCAGCACGACAUGACUGUCAGCGUGUGGGACUGGCGGAAGGGUUUGAUCAUCGCCUCCAACAAAGUGUCCAGCAGAGUGUCGGCCGUCUCUUUCUCUCAGGACAACAGCUACUUUGUCACCGCCGGCAACCGACACGUCAAGUUCUGGUACCUGGACGCCUCCAAAGAACGACGGGUGAACAGCACGGUGCCUCUGAUUGGUCGGUCAGCUCUGCUAGGCGACCAUAAGAACAGUGUAUUCAGUGGGGUGGCGUGUGGGCGUGGCCUCAUGGCGUCCAGCACCUACUGCAUCACCAGCUCUGGUCUGCUCUGUCUGUUCAACAGCAGCCGACAGUUGGAGGCCUGGGUCAACCUGAAGACGAAGUCGGCGAGCUGUCUGGUGGUCAGUGAGGACUUCAUCUUCUGCGGCUGUGCCGACGGUGUCGUCAGAGUGUUCAGUCCAUCCAACCUGCAGUAUGUCACCACGCUGCACCGACCUCACCGCCUGGGCGUCGACCUCACCCAGAGUGUACAGCAUGGCAGCCUGUCACCUGCCAGCCCUGAAGCUCAGUACCCCGACACCUUGGCUCUGACCUUUGACCCCGCUGCCAGGCACCUGACCUGUGUGUACAACGACCACAGCGUGUAUGUGUGGGACGUUAAAGACGUGAGGAACGUUGGGAAGCUGUACUCUGCUCUGUACCACAGCAGCUGUGUGUGGAGCCUCCAGGUGUAUCCGGAGCUGUCAGAUCCGACUCAGGCCUGCCUGCCUCCGUCCUCCUUCCUCACCUGUUCCUCUGAUAACACCAUCAGACUCUGGCACACCGACCCCCCCACUGGACACAGAAACCUCUACAGCAACGACCUGCUGAGGAUCUUGUACGUGGGGGAGAACACGCAGCACCUGCAGGCGGAGGGGGAGGCAGCAGGGGCUGAUGGGAAGGCUGGGAUCAGAGUGCUGGGGAUCAGUCCUGAUGGACAACACUUGGCAGCUGGAGACCGCUGUGGAAACCUGCGGAUCUUUGGUUUGGAGUUUCUGGACGAGCUGGUGAAGAUCGAGGCUCAUGACUCUGAGGUGUUGUGUCUGGAGUUCUCCCCCUCCUCCACAGGUGUGAAGCUGUUGGCGUCGGCUAGCAGGGAUCGACUGAUCCACGUCUUCAACCUGGAGAAGAACUACAGUCUGGAACAGACUCUGAAUGACCACUCCGCCUCCAUCACUGCCGUCAAGUUCACAGGUGAGAGUCCGGAGGUUCGGAUGGUGAGCUGUGGAGCCGACAAGAGCAUCUACUUCCAGACAGCUGAGCAGACGGCGGAGGGUUUGUCGUUCUGCAGGAGUCAUCACAUCGUGGAGAAGACGAUGCUGUACGACAUGGAUCUGGACUCCUCCAGGACUCAUGUCGCUGCCGCCUGUCAGGACCGAAACGUCCGGGUUUACAACGUGGAAACCGGGAAGCUGAAGAAAUGUCUGAAAGGCUCGUCCAGUGAUGAAGGAGCUCUGCUGAAGGUUCACAUGGAUCCGUCGGGGUCGUUCUUCGCCACCAGCUGCUCCGAUAAAAACAUCACCGUCUUCGACUACGAGUCAGGAGAGUGUGUCGCCACCCUGUUCGGACACUCCGAGAUCGUCACCUGUAUGAGGUUCAGUCAGGACUGCAGACACCUCAUCACCGUGUCAGGAGACAGUUGUGUGUUCGUGUGGCGGCUGGACUCUCAGAUGACCAGCACCAUGAGGAAGAGGAGGGGCCUCCAGAGACCCAAGGCCGCACCUGAAACCUGCGGCGGCGGCAAACAGAAAAACAUCAGGAGGGAAACCUUCAUCACGGUACCGUCCUCUCUGCUGCCUCACACGGAGGAAGAGGAGGAGGAAGAGCUCAGGACUCCGGCCAGACUGGACUCUGCUCAGGAAGCUCAGCUGCUCCAGACCAACGGGAAACUACCCAUGUGGUUCAGAAAACUGCAGGGUCAGGGCGGAGCCUCCACUGCUGUCCAAUCAGACGCCGACCCCGAGCCUCGUCAGGUACGGAGUCGGUGGACGGAGCAGCUGAACCCUCUGACCAUCUGCUCCCACUUCUCCCCGAGUCCCACCAAGAGCCACGAGGAGGACGAGGAGGAGGAGGAAGACUUCCACCCUCAGAGUCUGGACAGUCUGCUGGGAGAGGAGGAAGAGGAGGAGGAGGAGGAGGAGGAAGAAGAAGAUGGAGAGGAGGAGAAGGUGCUGCAGACUGCAGGUGAAGACCGGAGCAGCUACAUCCUUUACCCCAACAUCACCAGCGCUGACAGGGAGUUUGAUGUUCAGGCUGUGACUGAUGGACGGCCGUCUCUGACCUCACUGGAGGUCAGAGGUCAGGGGGCGGGUCCUGUGUGGAGCAGUCAGUUGAGUCCAGACUCCGCCUGCUCCGAGGGGUCGGCAGGAAGUGUGGAGCAGCAGCAGGACGCCGACACCGACUCUCUGAGUCAGGGCAGCUCGGUGGGCAGUCUGGGUCUGGAGGACGACGAGGACAGGAACUCUCUGAAGAACCACUUCGACACGCUGUGCUGCAGUCUGUCUGACGAGAAGUUUGAUACUGAUGUACGGACUCUGCAGCCUCUCGAGGAGAAACACUUCCUGAACCCUCGACUCAGCAUCUCCACCCGCUUCCUGUCCCGCUUCCAGGACCGGAUCAGGACGUGGCGAGCUCCGCCUCCUGUCUCCAUCCCAUCCAGGAUCUCAGAGGAGAGCAGCGUCAGCAACACAUCGGUGAACUCGGAGUCGAGCAGAGAGGUCACUUCAUCAGAGUUGACUUUGAAAGAAAACAGCAGCAACGCGAGGAGCAGAUCUGUCCUCCGUCGGAGAACUUCCUGCAUGAUUUCCCAUCAGCCCCUGCGUCGCCCAACACGCCGACGGCGCACUGUGGUGGUCGUCCAGUGCAGAGAGACUCUGGGAGACGUCACCUCCAGGACUCCGGCGGUCCAGCAGGGGGCGCCGCCGCCGCUCCGAUCCUCGGGAAUCACAGCCAGCCAGGACCCCCCCUCCUCUAACACCUCCACGUCCCAGGAGGAGGACAAGGAGAACGUCUCCAGCUCCUCUGACCUCCACCUGGACCAGACCAGCAGCGUGUCUCAGGUUCCUGCAUCCAGCCCGCAGCCGCUGGCCACGCCCCCUGUGAGGUCACCAGGCGGGAGGUGGAGCGUCAGCAGCGUCGAGGAGACGCCGACCAAUCAAAACCGAACCCUGAUCCUCGACCCCGCUCCCUCCGUCACCCCCGCAGCCACGCCCACGCCCUGUGAUGUCAUCACCUCUGACAUCAUCACCAGGCAGGCUGAUGGUCCAGGACCAGAGACCAGAAUCCAGACUGAUCCAGUGUCAGAGCUGUCGGAAGCCCCGCCCACCUGCUGUCCCCUGUCACAGAGGCUCCGCCCCCCUCACACAGGUGAGGCUGACGAGGCGUUCAGUCUGCAGCAGUGUCAGCAGGUCGCUAACGAGCUGAGACAGACGGCCAGACACGCCGUCCACCUGUACAGACAGCUCGGCGAGCGGCAGACGCAGAUGUCGUCGGUGCUGCGGGAGGCGUUUGAUGUCGUUCACCUGGACCUGCAGGCGGUGUUGCAGGGGGACGGGCGGGGCGGCGGCGGCGGUGGCGGCGGCGCCCCCUCUGGUGAACUGGAGGACGACAGGACGACGUCUCUGCUGGAGAAAUACUCAGAGCUGCUGGUUCAGAUGACCCAGAACAAACUGAACCGGAUCUGAUCCAGAACCAGUCGGUACGGAGGCUGAAAAAGGACAAAAUUCACUUUAAUGUCAGCUGACGGAUCUGAUCUGCUUUAUAAACAAAAGUAUUAAAACUAUGAUGCACCUUAUUUGUUUUUCUGGCAGAAACGUGUUGUUUUAAAUCACCGUCACUGUUUGUACAUAAACUGUUUUAUUUGUUUCUUAAUAAAUGUUCUUUGUGUCUUUUA